AUGGCCUUUAAAUUCGAGUUUGGCAGUCGUCGUUUCAUCCGAGAUGGGCCGCGCCCAGAGGAUAUCACCGUCUUCUUUAGCGAUGUCCUGUCAACAGACUCGUUUCUCCAGAUCAACGCCGCGGACAACAUUGUCAAGUGGCUUCAGAAUGCGGAUCCAAUGCUCAUAAAUGACGCUUUGGACCUCCUCGUCACGCGUGGUGUCGUCAAAAAGUUUGUCGAAUUUUUUCGAUCCGACGACGUGAACCUGCAGGAUAAAGCUAGUAUCGUCUUUGGCUUUCUCGCAUGCGGGGAUACACGCCACGCGACGAUUGCGUACAACUCUGGCAUCGUCCCAGCGUGCAUCGAGCGCCUUUCGUCACCGGAUCCAGAAGUGCGAGUAAAGAGCGCGUGGAUCUUGGGAAACCUGGCGGCAGACGACGUCGAGUGCGCCGACGCGCUCGUCGGAUUAGGUGUGCUCAACAUCAUGGUCGAGCAGACCUCGGUCAUGAUUGGCACCAACGAGAUGCAGACGUACAUUACCUAUGCGACGAUGCUCCUCUGGGCGAUUAACCAUUUUCUAAAAUCGGCGCAGGACCUGCCGACGGCGCUGGAUACAAGAAUUGCUGUGUACGAUCAUCAUGUCCAACGUCGAGGAUACUAUUCUCGAAGAGUGCUGCUUUGGCCUCGCGACGAUCCUUCAGAUCAACUCCGAGGCUGGCGCGCUUUGAAACGACAAGAUAUGCGGUCGACUAGUUCGACUGCUCGAGCGAGGGUCCAACGUCAAUAUCCAAAAGCAGCGCUACAACUCGUCGGGGCGCUGACCGCCAAGUCGGAGGAACAUACGACGCGAUUACUGAAUAACAACCUCCUAUCUGCCCUCAGCGACCUCGUGGAGCACCAGUUGGGCGAGGAUGCGUGCUGGGUCAUUUCCAAUAUCAUCGCCGAGAGCGUCGAGCAUCUCAACCUCAUCGUCUACCACCCGAAAAUCCUUCCGACCGUUGUCCGAUUACUCAAAGUGGAUGCAUCUGGGUUUGAUGAAGACGAGUUUGGUGGUCGGAGUCGCGAAUCGUGCGCUAUCUUGGCCAAUAUUAUCAACAAGGGCCAAGUAGAAGCGAUACGACAUACCGUUGCUCUCGGUGGCUUAUCUGGGUUGUGCGUCGCGUUGCGGUACUCCAUAGAGUCUGACAUACUCGUCCUCAUCCUUGACGCUCUGUGGAAGUUGAUUCUGUUUGGAGAGCACGAUCCGAUAGAGAUUGAUGGUGCGCCCGUCAAUCUAUAUCUAAAAUUGUUCGAGAGCUCCGGAGGAUUCGAGGGUCUGGCGCGGUUAGAGAAUAGGAAGGACCGGCCCGUUGCAGAAGCCGCGCAGCAGAUGCUCGCUCUGAUUGACGAGAUUAUGAACCCUCCAAUGACGGUGGAUAACGAGGCGGAGAUGACAGAAGACACGCCGGCAAAUGGACAUCCACCGAUAGCAUCGCAUGGAGGACCGGAAGACUCGAAGGGUGAAGAACCUAAUCAAGGAGGCGUUACCUAA